ACAACACUUUCUUGAAAAAUUCCACUGUUGUAAAAGUGCACAUAUUUGAUUCUUUGGGACAGUGCUGCAAUUUGAUGAAAUUAGGGAGCGAGAAAUGCCUAAAAAUACCUGAUAGAAAUACCGCAAUACAGGGGUACUGAUAAUAUACCAACCAUUUCGUCGUAAUCAUCAGUCCAGCUGGUCCGUGUUUUAGCUCGACAACCGAAUCGAGCCAAUCAAAAACAAAACUAGAGCGGAAGAUUUUAACGCAGAUGGUUUUUCUCAUUAACUCCUCAGAGCAAAGGCAGUUUCGUUAAUUCAUGUUCCUGUUGGAAUGGAAACAUAAGUUGAUUGUACUUUGAGUACUUCAACAACCAUGUCUUUGAUAGCAGUAAAAGAUGAAGAUCCAGAUAGCGAUGAAGAAGAGCCAAAAAAGACCAACCCUCGAAUUCUUGGGCUAGGCCUAAUGGCGGGGGCUGGUUGUUUCUUGACCAUUGGAAACGUCAUUGUUCAGUAUACUCACAAAAAAUGGCCAAGCAAAGUUUCAACAUUCGAAGUGCUGUUUAUCAGGAGUUUUAUUCAGACACUUUUCAUCGUUGCCUUCAUGACAUAUGGGAAAGUCAGUGUUUAUGGGAACUGCCUUCGUAACUUGAUUGUUCUUAGCAUCAUGGGUAUUGCAGAGGUUGCUGCCAUUGUCUGUGUGUAUUUCGCAUUAGAAAGAAUACCGGUUGGUGAUGCAACAGUGAUACAAUUCACUGCUCCUGUUUUUACUGUGGCAUUCAGUUUUCUGUGCCUAAGGAAGGGUUGUGGCAUUCUUGAUACAGUAUGCGGAGUCAUCAGUUUUGGAGGAGUGAUUGUCUUGGCAAGGCCAACAAUUUUGUUUUCCCACAAGGAGCAUAAUGCUCAUGGUGUGUCCCACAUAAUGCAUUCAAAAAAUAAUGUAGUAAAGCCAGGAGAUGCUAAAUAUCUGGAGGGAAUCGGAUAUGCUAUCAUAGCUGCUGUCUGCUUGUCCUUAUUUUUCAUCUUAAACAAAAUGACAGGUAAGAAGCUGGACGUGACUCUCACUAUCUUUUAUCCAUGUCAGUUGUUGGUGGUGGUAUUGUUUUGGCAGCAACCAGUUUGA